AUGUGUGCCGGUAACGAAGCAUUCUACGGACUGCUCUACAUCAAUCACUUCUACUCAGGACCGGCGCUGUUCGGUGCAUAUCUGGUGCCGACGCUCACGUGUCUGUGUUUUCCAGUUGCGUUCGUGAAGGCUUGUAUCAGUGUCGUGCACCUGGUCACCGCUGCACAAACCGUUGUCAAACACGAUAUCGCUAACAUACAAUCACGUCAACAAUAA